UGCUGGAAAAACCUCCCAUCCAGGUCUUUGCCCUGAGUCCAGAGUCUGUGCUCUACCCACAUAGGGGACUGAGAAUACCUGGAGCUACAUACAACAGACAUCCCUGCAUUCCAGCUACUGAGAGCCAUAACCUCUAACUCCUAGAGCUCUUAAGAUCACAAGAAAAGCAGGGUCAGUGUGGGAGCUUGGGAAGAGGCAACCCUCACAGAUUCUGUGGCCUGCACAGGGCAUGCUGCCUAGGAGGAGCAGGUAGGAAAAUCUGCUGGGGGCCAGAGACUAAAAGCAACUUUCUUGUUCUAGUAUAGACAACACUGGGACCAGAUGCAGGGCAGGUUUAGAAAGAGGCUCUGAAGGAGGGAGAGAAGAGGGUCAAGUGUGGUGCAGAUCUGACUGCUAACUCUUUCUACAUUCAGGGGUCUUUGAUGUGCACCCUAACAUCUGAAGCCAUGAGCAGUGGGGAAGAUGAACCAAGGAAUUGUGUGGUGUGUGGGGACCGAGCCACAGGCUACCAUUUCCAUGCCCUGACUUGUGAGGGCUGCAAAGGUUUCUUCAGACGAACAGUUAAUAAAAGCACUGGUCCCACCUGCUCCUUUGCUGGAAGCUGUGAGGUCAGCAAGACCCAGAGGCGCCACUGCCCAGCCUGCAGAUUACGGAAGUGUAUAAAUGCUGGCAUGAGAAAAGACAUGAUACUGUCAGCAGAUGCCCUGGCAUUGCGCCGAGCAAGGCAGGCACAGCGGCGAGCCCAGCAAACACCUAUACAACUUAGUAAGGAGCAGAAAGAGCUGGUCCAGAUCCUCCUGGGGGCCCACACUCGCCAUGUGAGCACCAUGUUUGACCAGUUUGUGCAGUUCAGGCCUCCAGCUCACCUGUUCAGUCAUCACCAGCCCUUGCCCCCAUGGGCUCCUGUGCCACCUCUGCUUGCACACUUUGCCGAUAUCAACACUUUCAUGGUACAGCAAAUUAUCAAGUUCACCAAGGAUCUGCCCCUUUUCCGAUCCCUGCCUAUGGAGGAUCAAAUCUACCUUCUCAAAGGAGCUGCUGUGGAAAUAUGUCAUAUCGCACUCAAUACCACUUUCUGUCUCCAAACACAAAACUUCCUCUGUGGGCCUCUUCGCUACACAAUGGAAGAUGGAAGGAUCCUGAACCUAAUAUCGCCCACAGUAGGUUUCCAGGUAGAAUUUUUGGAGAUUUUGUUUCGCUUCCAUGGGACGCUGAAACGACUGCAACUCCAGGAACCCGAGUAUGUGCUCAUGGCUGCCACGGCCCUCUUCUCUCCUGCUCCUUAUCUCAUAGACCGGCCUGGAGUUACCCAGAGAAAAGAGAUUGAUCAACUGCAAGAAGACAUGGCACUGACUCUGGAGAACUAUAUCAAGGAACAGAAGCCAAGGCCCCAAAGUCGGUUUCUGUAUGCAAAGCUGAUGGGCCUGUUGGCUGAGCUCCGGAGCCUUAACAGUGCAUACUUGUACCAAAUCCAGCGCAUCCAGGGACUAUCUGCUAUGAUGCCUCUGCUCCAAGAGAUCUGCAGCUGAGGCCCAUACUUGCCUCUUCCCCAGCCCAC